GGUUUGAUUCAUCAGUCUAUUGAAGAUAAUGGUUUCAUCGAUGGCGACGACUGGAAGGAAAAGGUGAUGUCCAGUGGAAACAUUGAUAAGGGAAAAAGCAAAUUUAGAGACAUAAGUUGUUAUUGCAUUGACAGUAAGAUUCAGUUUGCUUUCAAAAAGUUACAAAGAGAUAAGAUGAAUCUGAGGAUGUUUCGGCAAAUGGUUCACAGGAAGUUGUGUUUGGAAGAUAUAGAUGAAGUUAUUUUAAUGUGGAUAUCAGACAAUGAACAUCCAUGGACUCUAAAGAAUGAUCAGUGUUUUUUUUGGUUUUGGGACAAUGUUGUGGUAAAUGGCAAUGGUUUCAUUCAGUUGGUAGUCAAGAUUAAAAAUCCAGAAUGGGAUGUCACACCUAAGAAAUCAGUAUCAAAGUCGCCUCAAGUGAGAAGAAGCCCAAAACUUGGAGGUGAUAAGAACAAAAGUGAUGAUGGUGGCACUGCUAGGAAGUUGUUUGGGCAAGGGCAGUUCACAACCUACUCAAGCAGGUGUUGUUGGUGAUAAUUUGAGAGAAGGAUCGAAAUAGAUUUAGUGACCCUAUUUUGGCAUUAUCUAGUAUGCCUCAAAAUAGGUUUCCUCCUGAAUCGGGAAAACUGAGAAAUGCUCUAAAGAAAAGGAAAGCCCAACAUCCAUCCCUAAAUCGGGAAAAUGAGAAAUGCUCUAAAAUCUACUUCACCAAAGGCAAUCUGGAGCGGAACAGCCUCGAGUGAGACAAUCGCUCAAAAAGCGGCCAUUACAAUUUUGUCCUUGGAUUAUUCGUGAAAAGUGAAAAGAAAAAGGGAGAACAAUGUGAUUAUCAUAGGGCCGUUACCUUUCAAAAAAAAAUCAAAGGGCCGUUCUUUGAAGUUGAACCCGCUAAUUAAAAGUAUUAAAAUUAGUGUAAUAAUUUUAUUUAUGAUGGUUUUUGAUUGCAUAUUGAGUGAUAGAUAAUACUAGAAAGUUGAGUCUAAAAUUUGUCAACAUCAUAUUUUAGGCGGAGUAAAAAAAAAAAUUUACUUA